AAAAAGACUUGUUUAAUUUAAUUAAGUCAGUCAAUAAUAAAGAAGUGUCUACAGUAUACGGUACCCAGUAUUUACCAAGUCAAACAAAGAUGUUGAAGCAAAGUAUUGGAGCGUUUUUCGUGUUUUUUAUAAUAGGUCAUGUGGAGAUGCAUUCGUAUCAUCUAGGGACUUGUCCGACUAUCGAACCUAUGCCUAGUUUUAAUAUGAACAGGAUGUUAGGUAUUUGGUAUGUAAUAGAAAAAACAAGUACAGGCAGUAGCUGUUUAGUAUACAAUAUCACCAAGACUGAUGAACCAGGGCAAUAUCAAAUUGAAGAAAUUAGCCAACACUUUCUAUUAGCUUUGACGCCAUUCAAACACGGGUACCAUUACAGGGGCACUCUAAAGGUACCAGACAGUGCAAUACCCGGAAGAAUGUCUGUCAGUUUUCCUCUAAGUGUAGCUGGCUCCUCGAGUUUCACUGUCUUUAUGACAGAUUAUGAUAACUACGCUGGUAUCUUCACCUGUCAAAAAUUAGCAUUUGCUCACAGGCAAUCGGCUACUAUUUUGUCAAGAAGCAAAUUUUUAGAUGAGUUGUACGUUACCAAGUUACGUAAUAAACUACAAAGUGCUCAAAUCAGCCCGUUCGAACUCUCCAUUAUCAAACAAACUGACUGCCCCAAGGAUCCGAAUGCUGGUUACAACAUCAACAUAAACGACGAGACGAUCUCCGCGCACGCCGCGGCCGAAGUUUUAAGAAAAGCAGGUGAUAAGAUUGGCGACGGGGUAGAAUACGUGGCAGGAAAAGCCAAAGCCGUUUACAACAAAGUUUCCGAAAACACUGGGGACGAUUUAAAACCCGCAAAACAAUCUGCACACCCUGAUGCAGAGUGGUUACCAUGAGAAACUUUAAAAAAAAAUUAAGAUAAAAUAUAGUGAUGUGUUAAACAGUGUUUUAAAAUACUCGAGAGACCCUGUAUACAAUUAUAAGACUGUUAUGUUUAAUUUAUAUAAAAUAAAUAAAAUAUGUUAUAUUUUU